AUGAUACGUGGGAAGAAAAACUAUUUACCUCCAUGUCCCUUCGACUAUGGAUUUGGAAUUAUGUUUAAGUUACAUGAGGAUUCUAUAGCUAAACAUGAAGGAGAGCGUCGCAUCAUCAUCAUAGACACCCCAUCUUACGAAAUGCCCCUUAAUCAGUUCGAAUCAUUAACUAUCCAGAAUAAUGAAGAAACUACAGCAUUUCCUGAUGCUUUUCUUCAACUUGAUUUAGCAAAUGAUCUCCCAAGACAUAAAGAUCCUGAUGUAUCGGAGAUUUUAUCAGAAAAUCCUUUUAAAAAAGUUAGGACAAGAGGUCAAAAGGUUGAAAAAUCGAAACCAACCAAGAAAACAACAAAUUUAAAUAAAGAAACCAUUGAAAAACUCAAUGAGCCAUUACUACCAUCAACUGGUCAACCGGUUUUAAAACGUGGUCAGAAAGCUAAGCUAAAAAAAAUUAAACAAAAAUAUAACGAACAAGAUGACGAGGAAAGAAAUCUUCGUAUGAAAAUACUUCAGGGAGACGACGCCAAACCAAGUCAGUAUCACCAAAUUCUUGAACGUGAUCACUUGUCAAAUUUAAUUAAAGUCCCACAAUCUGUACGGGAUACUCAAGCUGUUCACAAUUCAGAUAGUAUACAAAAUAAUCAACCUGACUGUGAUAACAAUGAAUCAUUCAGUAAUUCAAGCAGUGAAAUUGACAAUCAUCCUGUCAAAUCAGAUGAAAGUGAAGAGGAUUUAAAAUCAUUAGGAUUGUUGACAAAUAUCCCCCAAAUACACGACACUAAUUACAUGGUACCCGAGUUUAAACAACGUUCUUACUUCGAAAUUAAAGCUCAAUUGGAUGCUUAUCGUCUAGCAAAUCCAGUAACUCCAGAGUUAAAACCUCCAACCAUAAAUGUACUUCAGGAACCUGCCAACAGUUCUGUGAAAUUAGCUAGAAUUACUGCCAUCUGGAAUUUAUGCCAUAAAAAUUGAAUUUGGUGCUGUAUUUUUUAUUAUCGGAGCGUUAUAUUGGAUUUGGGUAUGGGGAACAAUAAGAAAUCCAAAACCUCACAUUUCUAAUAAUCCUGAUGAACAAAUUGUAUCAGCUAGCUUCUUUUUCGAUAAUUCCCCUAUUCCGUCAAACAUUAUGUCUUGAAAAUAUUUUUAAUAAUUAUAAGUAACAAGUCUUUC